AUGUCUAAGCAAGAUCCAGCUGAACAAGUCCGCUUCCUUGUGUCCUGUAUUGGUCACACCACUAAUGGAAGACCCGACUUCACUCUUGUCGCUGAAGAGCUCGGAAUCGUCACCAAGGCCGCCGCCGAUUAUAUGUCUAACAGCUCGUCGUUGCUUCUGAGCAGCCAGAAGAGAUAUGAGCGGAUGCUCAAGGCCAACGGAGUGAAUUCUUCCAAGCCAGCAGCUGCCAAAUCCGACGCCGGAGAUGACAAGACGCCGACUACUCCGGUCAAACGCAAGCCGGCUGGUGCGUCUGGAGGCAGCGCCAAGAAGAGGGCCAAGGCUACUAAGAAAGAAGAGAGCGACGAUGAUGUGAAAGAUCCGAAGUUGGUCUCCAAGCCUGCCAAGGGUGUGAAGAAGGAGCCCAAGAAGGAGCCCAAGAAGGAGCCAAAGGAUGAAUACGAGUCACCUCUUUCUGAUGCCCCCGACUCAGGCGCGGACUCUGACGCUGGCACAAGCUUUGACUCGACCUAG